AUGACAGCAGUGAAUCGCAUUGGCAUGGAUUCUACUCCAGUCGAUGUUUCAUCACCAUUUUGGCGUGCUGCCGAUACUUCAUCGUUCGAUGGAAAUAAGAUAACAGAAAAU